CGGAAGUGGCACUCAGAGUUCAACAAAACUCAACAGAGCCAAUAAAGGAGUAAUCUCCAAGCCAAAAGAAGGAAACCAAGAACAAUUUAGUUCCAAAGAGAAGACAUUGCAGGAGUUGGAGACUGUUGUGGAAAGAGGCUAGAUCAUUCUUGAGGAGUACCAGUCAUGCCAGCCUGGCUCCUAUCCUCUAAGUCUGCACCAAAUCUCUAGAUUAAUUUCACAAAUUGUGAAUGCAUUCAAAAUGAACCAGUUCUGGAUACAGUAUAUGGGAGAAGACGAAGAAGAUACAUCAAUUAAAGAUAUAUUCAACUAUCUGCACUCACAAGCUGAUGGACUAGCACAGAAACUAAGCCUUAUAAAUGAAGUUACAGAGAAUGAACAGGCAAUGGAUAUGACUUCAAAGGAUAACCAUGAGGAAAUGGAUAGAAGGAGAGGAAGCCAACUGACAGCCAAUAAAGCUCCAGAUAUUUCUUGCUCGACUCCUCAAUGGAGCCAAGAAGUUACAAGUCUAAACUUAAUUCUCCUUUUCGAGACUCUUUACAGGCUGAGCUACAAUGGCCUCAGUCAGAAGAUUUAUUACGAUUCAUAUGAAAACAUCAGAUCUUAUGAUUUAAUGUGAUGGUUUCAAACAAGAUUAGAGCCAGGCAAUGAUUUCGAUGUGAAUCAUGGUAAUCCUGAAGAUUCUCUCUUCUACAAAAAGGUGCGAAAGGUCACUCUGCCCUGCUUCAAACGUGUCGUUAUCAAAACUGAUUCUAAAUCCUUGAAGUUAUUCCAAAAGUGUGUGGCUCAUUUUUCACCUUACAACUGUGUGGAGAAUCUGAAAUUUGUAGCCUUGGAACCAAUUGAGAUUGGCUUGCAUUUGUCACAAAUUUUUAAUAUAUGAGCUCGAAUUCAGAAGGUAAACAGCCUUAGAGGUUUUAGCUUAAACGAAACCCAAUUUAAAAAGUUCCUCGUGGGAUGUAGACACCAAGUGAAAGUCAGUUUUCUUUCAUGCAAAUUUAACAUUUCAAGAGUACCUGAUUUGAGCAAGUUAAUGAAGGGAACAGUGAUUAAGACAAUUUUGUUUGAUGAUUGAGCUCAGAUUAAUAAGUGGAAAAAACACCCAGAGAAACUGGAGCGUUUGAUAAGUGCAAUUUCUUCUUGUAAUCUCAAAGAGUCUCUGAGGCAAAUAUUGUUUAGGAAUAGCAUACAACAAGAUUUUGUAAGUCCAAUUUUUGAGAAAUAUGGUCUUGGCCAUAUCAAAGUUAUCAUUUCAAGACUCUAAAUGUAAUAAAACAACUCUAAAAUGAAUUCAAUAGUGAUAUAUUCAAACCUAAAACUUGUAACACCUAAAUCCUGGCCUCUUCAGUGCACCCAGAUCCCACUUCUCUAGAGCCAGAUAUAUAUUUUCAAAGCAGUCUGACACUUUAGAAAACUAUCUAAGUCUUAAAUUGCUGUGGGCCGGACAUAAAUGUGCUCAUGGAUCAAGCUGUCUUGAGUGCUUCUGAUUCUCUUCCUUGACAACAUACA